AUGAGGUGCCAGGGUUCGGAAGCGAAGAGCUGGGAGUGGGAGGGCGUGGAGAGAAGAAUCUUCGCGCCGCGCCGCGCCGGCUUCGCGCCCCCGCAAUGUCCUCGGCGCCCAACAGAAGGCGCCCCGGCGCUCGCCUUCUCCUCUCGUAGCCGGAUCCUCCGCCGCAACCAGCCUGGGAGCCUAGCCGCACGGCGCCGCGAUCCGAAGAGCCGGGCGGCGGCCCGAGCCCUCCUGGCCCGGCAAGUGGGACAGGGUGCCGGGGAGCCCAAGCUUUGUUCCCGGGACUGGGGCCGCCUCCAGCCUCAUGAGGACGCCCAGGCGGGGUCUGAGAGCCUGGAGCAGCCUGGACCGAAAUUUUGCGGCGGCCUUAGAGCGUUAGACAGGCAAGGUAUGGCGCUGCCCUCUGCAGCCCACUCGGGGCCAGGUGAUGCUCGAACUGAAGGGUUGGGGUGGGGGAUGAGCGGGCCAGGGGAGGCGACGGGUUCGGGGACAGCCGCUGUUCUAAUAAAGCGAUGCUCUUCUACUCAUGAGCCUCCGCGUCGAGACCACUACAUCCAAAGGUCUCUGGCUUCAAGAUGCCGGGCCUCAGGCGUGAGAGGAAAGCGAGAUGCGGGAGAGGGCGAGAAGAAAGAAGGCCGGGAGACCCGAGGCCCGGGGAGCGAGGGGAGGGGGACGCGGGUACCGAUUCGCUAUGCAAAUCCUGGCGCGCGAGCUGUGGAGAGCGCCCCGGGGGGCCGGCGGGAGCCUCCAAAACCGCGGAAGCCGAGGGUCCCAGCCCACCCCUUCCCUUUCCCCCCAUUAUCACCCUCCCACCCCUACCGC